GAUGACGUACCAUAAAGCCCGCGUCAGAAAGCAUGGGUGAGGAGAAGAUCAGAGCUCUGAGGAGAACGGGUUCAAUGUCAGACCCUUGAACAGCAGCGAUGUGGAGAAGCCUGGUGCUGAGAGGCACCGCCUGCCUGCUGCACGUUGUCCCCCGUGGUUCCCAAAGGCUUGUACAACAAAGACACCAGUCGUCUCUGUGUUUGAGAUUCCUACUCCAUGGGCAUGCUCACAGACUAACUGCUGCUCCAUGUUUGCAACAUCAAAGGACAGACUUGUUGCGUGGCACGUACCACCUCCCUCACACUGUAACCAGGAGUCUCAAAAGUGACGCAAAGUCUACCGUGGAUUUCCCGUUGAAUCCCAUCACGGUUGCAGACAUCAAGCAGUAUCUCCGGUCCAAAGAGGUUCCCUUCCACGAUGGCUACAGCUGCCUCCACGCGCCCAGCCUCUUCGUGGAGCCAUCGGGGGAACCCGGGGCGGUCCCCACGAAGGACACCUACUCGUUGUUCAUAGACAAAACAACAGGGCAGUUCCUUUGUAAGGACACGCUGGCAGAGGGCAGCUGGGAGGACCUCCAGGACUGCCUGGAGGUGAUGCAGAAGGAAGGGCAGGCGUUCCUCAGCAGCCACGUCUUGCUGGGCUACGGGGAGACCCCGGAAGAGCAGGAGGAGAGGGCCAGGGAGCUGGCGGAGGUGCACCGGUUUUGGAGCAGCUCCGUUCCCUUCUCUGAGCUGGCGGACGAGGAGGCCCAGAUGGUGAAGUCCAUGUUCCAGAUCACCAAGAUCACCAACGCCACCCUCAAGAAGUUCGGCGUGCGGUUCUUCAAGCCCACCCGCAGCCUGGUCUUCCCCUGGUUCGGGGGGCCCUCCUCCGCGCUGAAGGGGGUGAAGCUCCUCUCUGCCCAGACCAGCGCCACGGACCCGGGGGCCGUGGAGUACACAGAGACCACCGUCCCCCGGAGCAGCUCCUACCACAACCUGUUCGGCCUGCCGCUGGUGGGGCGCCCCGACGCCGAGGUGGUGCUGACGGGCAGCGAGCUGGACGUGCUGGCGGUCAGCCAGGGGGCGGGGCUGCCGGCGGUGGCCCUGCCGCGCGGCAACAGCCGCCUGCCGCCGUCGCUGCUGCCCUACCUGGAGCAGUUCAAGCGGGUCACCUUGUGGCUCGGCGGGGACAUGCGCGCCUGGGAGGCCUCGCGCAUCUUCUCGCGCAAGCUAGGCCUGCGGCGCUGCAGCCUGGUGCGGCCCGGCGAGGACCAGCCGCGGCCGGCCCAGGCGCUGGCCCUGGGGAAGAACCUGGCGCGCGUGGUCAAGGGCGCCAUCCCCGCCGUGCACAAGUCCAUCGUGUCGUUCCGGCAGCUGCGGGACGACGUGUACGGCGAGCUGGCCAACACGGAGCAGGUGGCGGGCGUGAAGUGGAGCCGCUUCCCCGAGCUGAACCGCAUCCUGAAGGGCCACCGCAAGGGGGAGCUCACCGUGUUCACGGGUCCCACGGGCAGCGGGAAGACCACCUUCAUCAGCGAGGUGGCCCUGGACCUGUGCAUGCAGGGCGUGAACACGCUGUGGGGCAGCUUCGAGAUCAACAACGUGCGUCUGGCCAAGAUCAUGCUCACCCAGUUCUCCAUGCAGCGGCUGGAGGACAACCUGGAGCGCUACGACUACUGGGCCGACCAGUUCGAGGAGCUGCCGCUCUACUUCAUGACCUUCCACGGCCAGCAGAACAUCAAGACGGUUUUGGACACCAUGCAGCACGCCAUCUACCUGUACGACAUCAACCACGUGGUCAUCGACAACCUGCAGUUCAUGAUGGGGCAGGAGAACCUCUCUGUUGACAAGUUCGCCGUGCAGGACCACAUCGUCGGAGCCUUCCGGAAGUUCGCCACCAACAGCUGCUGCCACGUCACCCUGAUCAUCCACCCCCGCAAAGAGGAGGACGACCGCGAGCUGCAGACGGCCUCCAUCUUUGGCUCGGCUAAAGCCAGCCAGGAGGCGGACAACGUGCUGAUCCUGCAAGAGAAGAAGCUCGUGACCUGCCCGGGGCGGCGCUCGCUGCAGGUCAGCAAGAACCGCUUCGACGGCGACGUGGGCAUCUUCCCGCUGGACUUCCUCAAGGCCUCGCUCACCUUCUCCACGCCCGUCAAGGCCAAACACAAGCUGAGGAAGGUGAGCAAGGAGGAGGAGGAGGCGGCGGCGGCGGCGGCGGCGGGCCGGGAGGAGGCUGUGCCGCCCGCAAAGAAGGCGAAGGCGAAGGCGAAGCCGCUGAAGGAGAACACCGCGAAGGACCCCAUCGCCGCGGCGACGGUGGCGGCGGCGGCGGCCUCGCAGAGGGUGGAGCCGGACCAGUCGCAGGCGGCCGGACGGCGGCCCGCUCUGAAGAGAGACGGGUGAUUUAGCGGUUGUCGCGCGGCCGACCUCGUGACCUUUGACCUCAGACUCUCAGUGUUAGAACCAUAUGAUUAGGAAUACUCAUGUGGCUUAUGGAUGGAGCAGGAUGUGAACGGUAUCCUCACAAACAGGAUAUCAUGUGGCUUACGUUGAACAAGGUACUGAAAAAGAAAAAACUAAAUGAAGAAAGUGAGGUAUUAAAUGUGUAUACGUGUUUGAAUGGCAACAUGUAGUUUGGGGAGUUUGAAACAAGUUUGUUCAGAGGGAUGAUAAGAAUGAGAUUUAAAAAAUUCCAAGUCGGACGUCCGAAACCCUUUUGACAAAUGAAUAAGCUUUUUGUAUACUGGUUCUGUCCUGUUUGUAUACGGUUCCGUUAAAACCCUUGAUGCUAACCCCUAGGGAUACAGUCGUGGUGUACAGUAUUCAAUGAUGAACCACUGCCGUUCUCUAAACACAUUGACAUGAGCACUUGCAUGUUUCCGUGCCCUUUACUGUAUAUUUUUACUACAAAGGUUGAUGAAAUGCUACUGAAUUGUUUUUUAUUAAAACAACUAUAGACCCUGUG